AACCAACUUACACCCUAAUGUGCGAGAAAGCCUCAAACAAGGUUAUCUCGAGUUCUGAUUGGCCCUAGUUCUAUGCGGUACUAAUUUUGAGGCUAUCGUGCACGUUAGGCAUGGCAGAAUCGGCCGUGAUCCCAACCGUGGCGUUCACACUAAAUAUGCCGGUCAUAGGGAUCGGAAUUAGCUGGAACCCGGAAGAUGCACGUAUGAUGGGCCCUGGUGGAUAUCUCGCCUCCUCGAUCGACACGUUGGACUCCGCCACGUAGCUGACCGCCCCAUUGUAGCUCCAUAUUCGAGCAUAACGGGAACCUUUAAGAAGGCCCAAACGACCCUCCUCUAAAAUUUUACCAGAUUUUUUUUAUUGAAGAAAAAGAACCUCUCUCCUCGAGAAUCGAAUAAAAAUAAAAAAUCCUGCAACAAUAUGGGUUUCUACAACAACUUUAACUUCCGAGCAGCACCGCCUAUACCGGCCUACUUCAUUGGCGCGGGCAGCAUACUCCUUGGCGUGAAUUGCUUCGUCCGCCCCACACAAGAGUACGGCCGAUUCGGCUUGCCGCUGGAACCAGCACCCCGGUCGAAGCGGGAACGGGGCGAAAAACGCGAGCGCGGCGAACGUGGUGAAAGACGAUCCAGCAGCGCCGAAGAGGGUCGCGCGUCCCCGUUGAUACACCUAAAAGGCAUUCGCGAAGUCACAUACGGCCUAUCCCUAGGAGUUCUAAAAUGGCUGAAGCACGACGACGCUGUCACGGCAUUCACGGCGAUUAUGGCGCUCGCGGGCCUGGGAGACGGUCUCGUCAUCUGGUUCAACGGAGGGGAGAAAAAUAGGAAGAAGGCCUGGGGUCAUUGGGGCGCUUUCUUGAUCCUCGGUGGCUGGUCCCUGUGGAGGACAUUAACAACGGCCAGCCCGAGAGGGGUGGGAUCGGGAGGCUUCCAAGUUUUCAGGAAAUAAAUUUGUGUGGCUUUUUCGGAUGGGGAAAACGAACGCCACAGAACCAGCCACAUCGCUCAACGAUUUCAAAUUCUCAUCGAGAGAAUUGAUACCGAGCGGAAGGGCAGGCGGGAAGAGGAAUGCAUUUGGGUCUGGAGGGGUGUGUUAUAUCAUGCGCAGUUUGGCUCGGAAAGCCGGGUCAUAUAUACGGGUUACAUCACACGAGAAAAAAAAAAUAAAAGAUAUCAGGAGGAAAGUCUAGGUACAUACCUACUCUAGCAUGACCUAAAAAGGUAUCAAUCGAAUUGUUAUAGACUAUCAGCUGACUGCGGAUAUUUCGGCGAUGUUUGCCGGGAGUUGGGUUCCGACGGUGUGGAACGAGAUGAA